AUGACAAUCCGGCGUGCGGUGGCACUAUUGUGCCUCUCGGUUCCUGCGUGUUUGUCCGAAGCUCCAGCUCCGCCGACAAAUGAUCCUUUACAGCGCCUUACAGAGUUUAGGCAGCAACAUAGAAAGACCAUCGAUGGAAGACUUUGCGCUGCGGCAUUUGUCCAGGACAACCAGACUUACACAGACUGCACGGAUGCCCGCUCCCCUGAUGGAACCAGCGGACGGGAGUGGUGCUACGUUGAGGUCCAGUUGCUGGGGAAGGGACCAAAGGAUUGGAACUACUGCAGCCGCCCAAUAAACUACAGCAAGUUAAGGGCAAAAGCUCAGGAGGUCUUUGAUGUGAAAGCAAUCCAAUCUAAUAAUCUCAUGGCACGACUGGAUGCUGAGGCUGCAAAAAUCGAAGACAUGAUACGCAGAUUCACGGCCACAUGUGGCGCUGCUCACUCAUCAAUGAGCCAAAAUCUCAACCAAAUAGACGGCCUUCUUUCCCGAAGCCAACACUGCCUGAAGAAAAUGGAAGAAGCGUCUGCCAAGAUCGGACUAAUUGAAGCAACAAUUGAUGAUGUCAAAGACGACAUAGACAGGGAUAUGAAAAGGGCUAUUAUGAACAAGAAAAACUGUUCCUUAGUCAGAGGCUACGAGGAUGAACCCUUCGCAGAUGGCGUCCGCGGGGCCUACUACAACAACCCAACAUUCACCGGGGCACCAUCAGCCUUCAGAACGGACAGUGCGCUGGACUUGGUGUUUUCAGGAAAGGGGCCAGUUGAGGGAGUGUCCUCCAACAGUUUUUCCGUCAGAUGGGAAGCAUUCCUGGAAGCCCCUCGAUCGGGGAUGUACACAUUCAUUGUCGAGUCUGACUGUGGAGUCCGAAUGUUCCUUGGCGACGAACCGAUCAUUAUUGACAGGAUGCCAACCCCGGUUUCAGGAGAUGCAAUUUCCGAAAAUCCAGUCCCUGUCAUUCCAACGAAAGAAAAGACGGGAAUGAUGAGGACUGAGUCCGUGAUGAUGGAACUUGUUGGCGGACAGAAAUACAGAAUCCGCGUUGAAGUGGUCCACUCGAACCACCUGAAAUACCUAAAUCCCAACAGUGCCACGAUCAGGCUGCUCUGGCGACAUGGCGAAGGUGGAGAAGAAGUGAUCCCCUCAAGUCACUAUUUAACCGGAAACGCGCGGCCUCCGGUAAAGUUCUCUGGCUUAAACCCUAAACAGUUCGAUUUGGGAUUUUUUAGUGAUGGCGAGCGAGCAUUUGCGGAUAGCGACCAGUACUUCCUUGCCGAUGUGCCUCUUCGAUACGAAGGGCGCCGCUUUCUGAGGACUCUAGCUGAGCCGAACAUGGAAGCGUUCUCUGUUGAAGUCAAUAUCCCCGCCACAAUAUAUAUUGCGUCCCCAAUAGAUGAAGGGAUUCCUGUUGCCCCUGAGGAGAGUUCUGCCUGGAAAGUCCACGACACAGAUGAAAUAGUAUCAGUGCUAUUUGGUGUCACUGGCAUGGGACGUGCGCUUGAAUCAAGAGCGAUGAGAAUACGGUUCAUAGCACUCCGAGAGCGAGGAAAGCUAUCAUUCAAACUCCGCCAAAAAGGCGUGCCGUUCCUUAUUUUCGCGGAAGAGAAAAAAAAUGCGGCAUUGUCUUGCGGUGGCGAGGAAGAGGUUCUCUCUCUCGUAGCAGGCAACGCCUACGCUGACUGCUCUGCUUCGUCUGAAGAGUCCGACGUCUACGGCUGUGCAGCUGGACUAAACGGAAGGCACAUGGAUCAGCCCAAUGGAACGUGGAGAACACUUGGGGGAAACGGUGUAGGAGAAUGGAUGGCAAUCAAAUUCAGGAAGCAAGUCCAGAUCACACACUUCCGUUUCAAGCCCCGUGACGAGGCCGUGAACUGGCCGUCGGAGAUCACUCUUUCGUACUCUGAGGAAGGUGAUGAAGACUCUGAAGUCUUCCCCAUUCGCCACACAUCCGACAUCGAACGGAACACAUACAAGCUAGCGCGACCCGUCAUUACCGAUUACGUUAGAGCUGAGAUCACCGAGAUGUUUGUGAACGGAGAAGACAGCGGUGGCUCCUUCGAGUUCUUGGGCUCUUCUUGUACUACCACGGAAGAGGCAGAUGAUGCACAGGCGGCAAUUCCUCGAAUCAUGGUUGAGACAUGCGACGCAACAGUGGAGUCUAUCCCAGAAAUUCUGCCUCUUGAAGAAGGCGACCAAAUUGUUGCAGUGUGUCCACAGCACUGCGUGAAAUCCCUAGAAGGCAGUGCAUAUGGUACCGGGGUCUACGCGCCGGGAUCAACCCUGUGCACCGCAGGUGUCCACGCGGGUAUCUGUGACGGGACGGAAACGGCAUGCGAGAUCCUAGUGACCAUUGGAGGACCGAAGAGCGCAUUCAAAGGGACUAGAAACCACGGCGUCGCUUCAAGCCCAAGCGGACCCACAGACGCGUCUGUAAAGCUUUCUAGGGCACCGUGUCACAUGCCCUCCGCAGCGCCAAUAAAGUACUUCAUCUCAUUCGGUGAACACGUGGCACCAGAGGGAUGGAACGCCGACGACGGCAGUAUAAAGCAAUCACAUGACGGAAUUGUUUAUGGCUGGUGGAGAGAAGCACCCACAAAGUCUUGUUCGGGCCACAACCUGAGCCAUUUGAGCUCACGCGGAGUCUCCUUUCCUGUACCAAUAGGCUCUCAGCGAUGCCCACUGGGCGCGGACUGCGCGCCAAACUUUUGGUCCGUCGUCCUUCCUGAAGACGGCACCUAUCGCUUGGUCGCGCAGGUGGCGGGUCCAUGCGACGGCUCCACUGGAGGACACGUGUAUCUUCAAGCGAACGGCAUCUCACUCGCAUCCGGCCAGUUAGUUCCAAGCGGCUCGAGCUACGGGGCUAUCGCUGCUAUCCCUGUUAGAGACCAUGUGAUCACCUUAACGUCCAGUUGCACGACGGAGAAAUGCCCUGACACGAGCACAACCAUCCUCAACAUUGAGCUUGAAAAGAUUUCUGACGAGGUUGCGUAAGGCUUGCAGAUUACCCACUUGGGGACACUGCUGCGCCUCCACUCGACGUUUCUUAAAAUGCCGUUACCUCGCGUUGAGAAUAUCUUGUUCCUUCAAGAGCCUGCCUUGCCGCAGCUUUUUGCUUCUCGUCUAGGGCAGCAGGGUAGCUUACCAUGAAUUUUAUCCUCAGGUUGCCAAACUGAGACGUAUUACCUUUCUUGGGCAUUCCCUUGUUAUACAAAGUCAUGGUUUGCCCGUCAAACGUUACAUCGUCUUUCUUUACGCGAACAGGAGUGUUGUCAAGAUGAAUAAAACUUCGCUCAAAGCCAACCAGAGCUUCCAAUAAGCUUAUUCUUA